AUGAGUUCGGGCUCAGACAUCUCUUCUUCAGAUAGUGAAGAGCAGCUACUAAUUGAAGAUGUGCAGCCUACCUUAGAAAGCCCUUACCCUCUAGAAAUCAAGCCGCGUGAUUAUUUCCCUCCACUUCGUGUCCUCAAGGUGCAGCCCUUAUUAAAGCAGCAACUGAAAUCAUUCUUAAAACUAGAUCUCAUAAUCGAUCUUUACCAUCACCUAUUCUGGCUCGUUUUUUAUACAAAAUACCAUAAUUCCACUACAAAAGAGCUCCAAAAUCAGGUCAAAGAGCAGCUUUCCAAAACUUAUCUGAAGCUCAUGCUUUACAACAUCCAAUUUAAAAUUGACGAAUGCAUGGAUGUGCUGCCAGUUAUAAUCGGCCAUGCUAUCCAUCAUGAACUGUGAGAUAACUUUAAAUAUACAAGGCCACUGAUGGAUUUUAGGUUUAUUUUAGACUGCUAUAAGCUUAUUUAUAGCCAGCUCUUAGGAAUGGUAGUAACUGAUACCUUCGUGAAAGUCACAACAAAAAAGAUUUUGGGUGACUAUUUUAUGAGCUAUUCUGUAAGAAAUAAGCCACAUAAGCUUGAUAAAAAAGGAAACCUGCCAAAAAUGAUUGAGGAACAAAUGGAAAGCUAUCAAGGUGGAAAAGAGUUCGCUAACUCCCCCUUCAUAAACCAAAAAGUUUUCUCUGGGAGGUGGCUAUGUUGAAAUAUAGAAAUUUCCCAUAGAUGGCGCUGUUUGCCUUGAUUUGCCCAUGAGAAAAAUUUUUGGUUUGACCAAACCAUAUGGGACUGGUCGAACCAAAAAAGUUCCCCAGUGGGCAAAUCAAGGGCAAACAGCGCCAUCUAUGGGAAAUUUCUAUAUAAAUUUAAGUAUUUUUUUGAAAUUUAAAAUAAUUCACAAAAAUUGGAUUAAUUGGAAAUUUCAUGUUUUAAAAUCCAAGCUGUAAAAAUAUUUUAAUAAAAAUAAGCUCGAGAUUUCAUUAUAGUAAUUAUCAUUUAUAUAUCGAAAUAUUAUUAUUUUUAAAAAUAAAUUUUGUCUUCUCACAGAGAGUGGGCUUUACAUAAAAAAAUAAGGUCUUUUCAAUGGGCUUGCUCGCUAUGGAGGGGAGUAAAGAGUUGUUUUCAAGACUCCAGCCAAGCAAACCUGUAUUUAUAAUAGAAGAAGAAGUCCCUGAAGUAAAGGCCAAAUUAGAUAUUUCCGAUAUUGCCCUUGUAGAGCGCGUUGAACUGCAUUUAAGUGACCCACCUUUGAAAAAAUCAAUUUUAGAUGAAAGUCAGAUGAAAAAAUUCAAUUGUGUAAGGCUGAGUCCUUUGGUUUCAGAACAAAUCGAUAGCAGUACCAAACAAAUCCCUUUUAAAGUGCGGCAUAUGACUCCACAUAAAGGAGAAAGCUAUAGCGAGGGGCCACCUAAUUUUAUUAAAAUAUUAAGACAGCACUGUGAUGAAAAAAAGAAUUUGCAGCAACAACAAGAAAUGCAAAAAUUAAUAAAAAGAAGAGAAAGGAAGCUUAAAACAGGUAACCCACUACAAAGAAAGCCAAUUGAGAUUUCCCCACAAGGUCCUGAAUAUUCAGCUUGCUUUGCUGAUGUUUUUAAACUGAGAAAUAAGCUUAAAGAAAUGCCACCUAUAAAAGAUUUGUAUCGAAAUCAUAUAAGAUAUAAAGCAUAA